AAGACGAUCUGCGAAACAAACACUAGUGCGUUUGCGAGAGAAACCGAGAAAGAGAAGCUACAGAGUCACUGACCGACCGCUAUGGCAUCGAGGCAGAACACGCGUGAGGCGCGCGCCGAGGCCGACGCGCGGCGCGCCGUGGAGGAGCUGGCUCGGGCGCGGGACGAGCACCUCGAGAAGGCGGAGGUGAACGCCCGCUCGGCCGCGGACGAGAUCGCGCGCUCCCGCGCCGACCGCGGUGCCGCCGGUGGCGGCGGCAUCCUGGAGAGCGUGCAGGAGGGCGCCAGGUCCUUGGCCAGCGCCGUGGGCCGCACCUUCGGUGGCGCCAAGGACGCGACCGUGGACAAGACCUCGCAGACGGCGCACACCGCGGGCGACAAGCUCGGCGAGUACAGGGACUACACCGCCGACAAGGCCCGGGAGGCCAACGACAGCGUCUCGCGUAAGACGGGCGAGACGGCGGAGGCCACCCGGAACAAGCUGGGCGAGUACAAGGACAGCGCCGUGGAGAAGGCGAGGGAGACCAAGGACGCGGUGGCGCAGAAGACGAGCGAGACCGCGGAGGCGACCAAGAACAAGCUCGGGGAGUACAAGGACGCGGCGGCCGGCAAGGCGCGGGAGGCCGCGGACACCACCGCCGGCAAGGCGAGGGAGGCCAAGGACGCGACCAUGCAGAAGGCCCAGGAGACGAGGGACGCCACCGCCGACAAGGCGAGGGAGGCGAGAGACGUGACCAGGCAGAAGGCGGGCGAGUACACCGACGCCAGCAGGGAGGCCGCGCAGGAGGCCAGGGACAGGUCCCGAGCCACAGCACAGACCGCCGCUGACAAGGCUAGGGAGACGGCCAGCACUCACGACACUGAUAGGGAGCAGGGACAAGGUCUGCUGGGGGCGCUGGGGAACGUGACGGGCGCGAUCAAGGAGAAGCUGACGCUGGGCCAAGGUCAGCACGUCGACGUCCGGCUGGGCGGCGAGGACGAGCGCGCGGCGAAGGAACGCGCGGCGGAGAAGGCGGCGUCGGUGUACUUCGAGGAGAAGGACCGGCUGAUGCAGCAGCGUGCGGCGGAGCGGGUGGACCAGUGCGUCGAGAAGUGCGUGGAGGGUUGCGCCGGCUCGUCCUGCGUGCAUCGCCAGGGGAAGAUGUGAUCAUGUGAUGCCGUGGCGCGCGCCCGCCCCUACGUGCCGCCCCCUACUGUGGCGUCCGUGCAUGGUCGAUGAGCGAUAAUAAAUAAACUUGUUAAACUAGUAGCCUCCCGUUGUGUUUAACUUCAUUUCCGGGCCCUUGUUUUGGGCUGUAUGUUUUCGCUCCUUCUGUACUCUGGUAGUGGUACUCUAUCCAAUACACCUGCCGUUCGUUACUACUUACUACCCAUCAUACUACGAUUGUGUUACGAUCAUCAGUUUGUUGGUCAGCCAACGAUGUUUGUCUAAUGUAUUUUACGUUAC